AUACAGGGACCGCUCACCCAUGAGAGGAAGUCUUUCGGUCCGAGACUGCCAGUGACGGCUGACCUUCUUCAAGUUCAUCAAACUAUAAGGGCCGCAUGUUCACGUUGGGUUAUUGUUCCUCGCGAAGCAAGCCUCGACUAUGGCCAACAUAUCAGUCAAACAAAUCGUCGAUCCUACAGAUGAAGAACUCGACUCGAUCGUCUCGUUAGUGGUGAGAGCCUUCGAUGGACAGAACGUUGUCAACAUGUUUACUGGGAAUAACCUGACCCUCGCUGAGCCCUUGUGGCGCGCACACGUCCUGGCUGGUCUCCACCAUGGCGAAGUGUGGGUCGCCACAGAUGGAACGGCGGAGAUUAUGUCGGUGGGAGUGUGGUUUCUCCCCGGGCACGAGCUAUACGGAACCGAAGAGCUUGAGGAAUAUUUCACUCUUCUGUCGGAUGAAGCUAUCAAUUGGUGGAGAAACAUCUCCAGGCCGAAGGUUGUUGGCUUUUUUGAGAAAUAUCUGGGUGAAAAGACGAGGACAGACAACUGGUUCGCGCAAAUCAUUGCUACCCAUCCGGACUACGAAAGACGAGGACUAGCCUCUGCUCACAUAGACGCCGUAUAUCAUAGGGCUGUCAGGGAAGAAUCUUAUCUCGCGCUUGGAGCAGCUGGAAAGGCGCAGGAAGCCUUCUAUCGCUCCAAUGGCUUCAAGGAGUUGGGCCGUGUUUCGAGUCAGACGGCUGAUUGGGUGUGUUUCGUGAAGGGCAAGGGCAUCUGAGUGUGAAUGGCUCCGUAGUUCUGGUUGCCUCGUUUUAUACUGUACGUCGUUCUUCGUAUAUUCGUAAGUUGCUGUACAUACC